AUGGAGACGCAUCCAAUCGGAAGCGCGAGACUUAGAAGACAUACAGGUCUCGGACUGACAAGCCAAUAUUGCGGCGCGAGUGGGCGCGACUUACGCCAAGUUUGGGAACGGCAGCGGCUUCUCAGUGGCAUCAGUGCCUGCCUCUCACGCUUAGUAAACGCGUCCCUAGCACAUACGGCGAUCCUGAAGGCCACUCAGAAGAACAAUGCCGGCACACAUGGUACCAAUGCCCUUCCCGAUAAAGGUGCGGUUCUGAGUUGCGUAUCCAAGAGACUUCGCAACGGUGUGCUUCUGAGUUUGGAGGGGAUGUGGCAGGGAGGGGCUCUAUGGCAGAGGACACAACGCUCGGCUGGCGGAUAUAAGGACGUCCGACGAACUGAUGAUGACCCACACCUCGCAUCCCCCAUUGCUGCGAUGCACCAGCGAUAUGCCAAUCUUGCCGGGGAUCCUCAUAUCAUCACUGUCGUACGGGAAGAUUACAAACCUCCUACGGGAGUUUGCCGGGAACACUGCCAAGUGGACUCUGUCGGAUACUCGCCCACAGAGCGAGUGGUCAAGCUGGUAUGGCACCACUUAGCGACCGAGCGGAUGGAGAAGGACGCUCCCCAAGGCGUUAGGAACCCCCAGCAUACCUAUGCCUUGCCGCCGCAGAACUCACAGAUGACUGGAACGCUACAGUGA